UCACUGCAUCAAACAAUUGUACUCUCUUUCCCCAACCACCCCCAUAAAAAAAACAAAAAAAACAACACAAUACAGAUUGUUGUACUUUCAGCUUCGCGGCUUCGCAGCUACGGGCUACAGUUUGUUUAUUCGUUUUUGUUCUCGCUUACUCACUGAGAAAUCAAGUGCUAGGGUUUUGAGAAUUCAAGCUUCAUGGCUACCCACACUCGUAUCGAUGACGAUGAUGAUUUUGGAGGCGAUUUUCCUGGAGCUCACAAUAACAGGCGGCCUGGUAAAAAGAGAAGCUUUGGGGAUCUUGAGGACGAAGAAGACGAUUUUUUUGGCUCAAAACAGGGUAACUCAAAAGUUGAAGAAACUGCUCCUGGUGUUGCAACAGGAAUGAUUUUGUCUCUUCGUGAGAGUCUUCAAAACUGUAAAGAUACUCUUGCAACAUGCCAAACGGAACUUGAAGCUGCAAAAUCUGAGAUUCGAAAGUGGCAUUCUUCAUUUCAGAAUGAACAUUUCAUAACUCCCGGAACUUCUCCUGAUCCUAAAUUGGUCAUCAAUUAUCUUCAAUCCCUGAAGAACUCCGAGGAAUCGUUAAAAGAACAGUUAGAGAAAGCAAAGAAAAAGGAAGCUGCGUUUAUUGUCACAUUUGCAAAACGGGAGCAGGAGAUAGCAGAGCUCAAGUCUGCAGUUCGGGAUCUUAAAGCUCAACUGAAGCCACCAUCAAUGCAGGCAAGAAGAUUGUUACUUGAUCCAGCAAUUCAUGAAGAGUUUACUCGUCUAAAGAAUUUGGUUGAGGAGAAGGAGAAAAAGGUGAAGGAGUUGAAUGACAACAUUGCUGCUGUUCAAUUUACUCCUACAAGCAAGAUGGGGAAGCAGUUAAUGGCUAAAUGUAGGACCCUGCAAGAGGAAAAUGAGGAGAUAGGCAAUGAAGCUUCUGAGGGAAAGAUGCAUGAAUUAUCUAUGAAACUUGCUUUGCAAAAAUCCCAAAAUGCAGAACUGAGAAGUCAAUUUGAAGGAUUGCACAAACAUAUGGAGGGGCUCACAAAUGACGUUGAAAGAUCAAAUGAAAUGGUGCGUGUCAUGCAAGAGCAGCUAGAUGAGAGAGAUUGUGAGAUCAAACGGUUAAAGCAGGAGCUGGAGCAGAAGAGCUUAAUAGAGGAGGAGAAAGCAGAGCCAUCUUCUGAUAGUAGGAAAGUCAGCGACGAAGUGAUUGAGUCUGAGGAAGUCAACACCUAAAAGAAGAAAAAGAGAAAUUUGUAGGAUAUAAUCAUUUUUUGUAUGUACAUUCAACAUUUGAUUUGAUUUUUCUUUUUGGUCAGAACAUUUCUGUUCGGGAAAAAUUAAAUUUCGAAACUGAGUAGCUGGAGUUGAGGUUAAAGUUUCUAAUGCUUGGGGCUGUCCGUUACCCCAAAUUUAUCAUAGCUAUAAACCCCAUCAUGGGUGUGGCA